UAUUUUAUUCCUAAAAUUACAAACCGCCUUUUCUGUGAUCGUUUGCCAGUUAAAGUUAUUUUGUAGAAGGCUCCAUUACGCCAACGUUUAUAUUUUUUCGGUAAUCAAAUUAAUUAAUAUCAAUUAAUAAAAAUGUCUGGACGUGGCAAAGGAGGCAAAGUUAAAGGAAAGGCAAAAUCCCGUUCCAAUCGAGCAGGACUUCAGUUUCCCGUCGGAAGAAUCCAUAGAUUAUUAAGGAAAGGCAAUUACGCAGAACGAGUUGGUGCCGGGGCACCUGUAUAUUUAGCAGCUGUAAUGGAAUAUUUGGCCGCUGAAGUUUUGGAAUUGGCGGGAAAUGCAGCAAGAGACAACAAAAAAACAAGAAUUAUUCCAAGACAUUUACAACUAGCCAUCAGAAAUGACGAAGAAUUAAACAAAUUACUUUCUGGUGUGACAAUCGCCCAAGGUGGUGUUCUUCCCAAUAUACAAGCAGUACUUCUACCUAAAAAGACAUCGACAUCCUCUGGAGGUGCAGGCAAAAAAUCUUCACAAUCUCAGGACUAUUAGUUUAUAUUUUUUUUAAUUAAGUAAUUUUUAAGCGGAAAUCGUUAGAUAAGUUUUUUUUUUAAUAAAAUUGUUUUUCUGAAUGUAAUGCUCGUUUCAUAUUGCACGAUUUUGAAACAUUUUUAGUCGAUUAGAAGAACAUCACAAGACUUUGAGACUUUUAUGGCUCAAAUUUUGUAAAAGACUAUUAAAAUCUGUGACGUACUAGCUGACGCACUUUUUGCUUCUAUCGUGAUUUUUACUGUUCGAAAAUAUGAAGCUCGGUUGGAGAAACAGUAUUGUAAACUUAGUGACGUACAUUGUCCGUUUACCGUGAGAUACGACUUUGGAGCGACGUACGAUGGGAUGUUUUUUGCCGUUCGAUCAAAACAUAAUGUGAAAUGAGCUCUAGUUUAUAAUUCUGCAAAAAUCACUCAUUUUUAUUCCAGUUUUCAUUAAAAAAAAUUCAUUGUAUGUUAUUUUAUUAUUAUUACGAUGUUGAAUUGUAUGAAUUCAGUCCAAAUAAAUUAUCGUCCUUUCAGUUUUUAAAA